GUAUGGGCCAGGCACCGGUGUGCUUUAGUCUGGCAGUCACGCGGUAAAUUUGCGUUCCUUGUAUUGCCUGUUCAUCACGUUGUUGGGAGAUCACUGUGUGAAAGGCACAGCUGGGCGACAAACAAAAAGAUGGAGCUGCGCCCAAGCACAUUCUACUGUGCAAGACAACGAGACCGCAGCGUGCGGGCCCUUAUACCCGAAAAUGGCAUGAUUUCUGACAUCGCCUCAUCUGAUGAUGAUGACCCAAUCCACAGUGGGGAUAGUGACGAGGACUAUGUGCCCUGCAAGAGUUGGCGGAAAGAGCACUUGCGUGCAGAGAGCCCAUCACCAGUAGACAGCGACACUGAUCUGCCGUCAGAACAGCCAUCAACAUCCCAUGCUGCUACACCUAGCGCUUCGGCUGACGUAGCUGACCUUUGUAACACUAAAGCUCCUCGUUCUUUCGCACGUUCCAAAAAGCAGAAGAGGCCCCUGGCACUUGCAUGGGAGUCAAGAGAUGUGGACUAUUCCCGGCAUUUUUUAAGUGAGCAAUAUGGUCAGGGAGAAGUCAAAGCUCCGGUUAGCUACUUCAAGCUAUUUUUUGACAGUGCAUUCAUCGAGCUCAUCGCAAAUGAGACGAAUCUAUAUUCGGUACGAACUGAAGGCGCCUCAGUCAACACAUCUGCUGCUGAGAUUGAACAAUUCUUGGGCAUUUUAGUGCUAAUGGGCGUUGUGAAGAUGCCUGCGCUUUCCGACUACUGGUCGGACCGCCUCCGAUACCCUCUCAUGGCGGACGUAAUGCCUGUAAAACGCUUCAAGAAGCUCCGAAGACUAGUACACUUCACUUCGACAGAAGACGCAACGGACAAGUUUACAAAAAUACGGCCUGCCUUUGAACUACUUCGUGGGAACUUCAGGAAGGUUGAAGAGGAAAAACAACAAUCCAUCGACGAGAUGGUGGUGCCUUACAAAGGCAAACGAGCUGGGAAGCUGCGGCAGUAUAUGAAGAAUAAACCAGAUAAAUGGGGCUACAAGCUAUUUGUGCGUGCAGGCGUAUCAGGCAUGGUUUACGACAUCCUGCCAUAUGCUGGAGCUGACACAUUUUCUCAUGUGACAUUCAGUGCGGAGGAGGAGGCCCUCGGUCUUGGAGGAAAGGUUGUUGUAUACCUCUGCAGGACUCUCCAGAACCCAGAAGAAAGCGCUGUGUUCUUUGAUAACUUUUUCUGCAGUAUUGAGCUCAUAAAAUAUCUGAAAGAGACAUUUGGAACGGUGUCACUGGGCACUAUACGAUCUCCAAGAAUGCGUGGAUGUCCCCUUCUAGAGGACAAGGCCCUUUUGAAGAAAGGCCGUGGACAUUAUGAUCAAAAGCCAGAGAAGACCUCAGGUGUCACCAUCAUCAAAUGGGUUGACAAUAAAGUUGUGAACCUUGCUAGCAACUUUGUUGGCGUUCAGCCAGAAGGUACUGUCAAGCGCUUCUCGAAGGAGGAAUCAAAGAAAGUUGCAGUACCAUGCCCUCGAAUUGUACUGGAGUACAACAACCACAUGGGAGGCGUAGACCUCGCUGAUAUGCUAAUUGAGCUUUACAGAACACCUUUGAAAUCAAAAAGAUACUAUUUGAAGUUGUUUGCACAGUUGCUUGAUAUAUCUAUCAACAAUGCCUGGUUGCUCUAUCGCCGUGACUGUCGCAUUCUUCUGAAUCAACCGGCACUUGCACUGAAUGACUUUCGAGUGGCUGUCGGUGAAUCCCUUCUAAAAGCAGGAAAGAGAAAAAGAGGUAGACCAUCUUUUGAUGAGGUUCCACAAAAAAAGAUCCGCAAGGCAAAGGCUUCAAGGCCAGCUGACGACGUGAGAUAUGACACUAUUGGACACUGGCCUUCUUUCGGCACAAAAGCCAGGUGCCGGUAUUGUUCCACCGGGCAAACACGUGUAAAGUGCACGAAAUGUGACAUGCUCCUGUGCUUCACGGAACGAAGGAACUGUUUCUGGAGCUUCCACACUCGUGGGCUGUAAGGGUUACCUUAAAAGGCAAUGUAUCCACUGGGAUACAGAUCUGGAACUGGACAAAUGUUGUGACUCUUGCUAGACAUUAUUUUUCAUCGGCAUGAUUGCGCCAUUUUAACCACAAAACGUUGUCUAAUAAAUUUUUUCUCAUCAUGGAAACAUCUGUGACCAAUAAAGGGUUAAC